AUGACCUCGAAGCGACUGAAUGUCCCACCAACCCUUCAAGUCCCAGUCCCAAACUUCCCCCUCUCUUCCCCUAUCAGUGAGGAGAUCUCCAGUCCAUCAUGUUCAUCAGCUGAGGACCGCGAAGACCGAGAGUUGGAACGCCAUCGACCAUUCGACUUCCUAGUAAAAGCGACUCGCCAAAAGAUUGAGAGGUCCUCAAAAGAUGGGAGUGGAGGAAAAGAUGGGGGAAAUACAGACGCAGAAAGCAGUUCAAGACUGAGUCUGGGUGGGAAGAAGAAGAAAACCACAAAACCGGUUGGGUUGAACUUGGUGACCAGCUUUGCAUCAGCUAUCUCAGCCAAACCAGCGAAGCCAGCCCAAAAUCCACCCGUGGAAGCCAAGACAGCACCAUUCGUGGAUUUGAAUGAUCUCAAACAGCUCUCUAAGGCCCGAGAAAAGGAACGCACUGCACAAAAGCCAGCACCAAAAGCACCAAGCCUCCAAAAGGAAAAAUCCAAAACUCUCUGGAAAGACUCAUCGAAGAAGAUGAUGCCUCGCAGCUUCCUCAAUCUCGAUACUGAUUCGGAGGAAUCUAUCAACGGACCGGGUACCUUUCUCAGUUCUAGUGCAGAGAAUGUAUCAAAUGAUCGCCCCGAUCACGGUUUCUCGCCCUCUGACCGCAAUGUCAUGAUUGGACUCAUGGUUCCCCAGAAUGAGUCCUCAGAUCGCUCGAGGGAAUUCGAUCAUGCAGCAGACCAGUACACACCACUCACCCCAUCUAUCAUUGUUACGCCGGCCUGUGAAGAAGCACCUUGGUCGAUAGAUACAUCCAGUCCAGAAGGUCUCCGGCCCCGAGUGACAUCCAGCGUGUACUCCCAGCCGACUCCUCGCCUAUGGUCCGACGAUUCGGAUAUCCCACCUGUCCCUGCAAUCCCAGAAGAGCAUCACCAUUACCUGGUCAAAGGACACAAUGCUGAUUUCCUGGAUGCCCAUUUCGCUGCUAUGACACGGAAGCGCCGCUCUCUUUCUGCGGGAGCUGUACUCGAGCACGAUAGCCCGGCUUCGGAGCAGCCCCGGUCUAUGGUAGAUGAUGAUGACCAGAAUCCAUUGAAUCGGUUGAGUGUGAACUCAGAGGCAAGUCGACCGGCCUCUCAGGGAUGGUGGAAUGUGUUACUCUCGCCAUUACUGGGUCGCUCGAAUACGCUAUCUAGUAAAAAGUCACCUACUAGCGCGAGCUUCCGAUCUCCCUUACCAAGUCCUUCUGUUGUGCCCUCGGCGCUUGGAACAAACAGACACUGGUGGGAGAGAGGAAAGGAAAAGGAGACUUCCUGCUUCUCACCUGAUACGCCUGAUACAGUUGCGACAAGUAUGUGGCAAGAUGGGAGAAGGAGUAUGGAGCAAUCUCGAAGUCCAAAUGCUCAGAAUAUGGAUGAAGUUCCUCCAAUGCCGAACCGAGAUAACGCUAUGUCGAUGAUGUUCCCUGGUAACCGUAUUCAGGGCGAGGCGGCUGAGUACUUUCAGGCUUGUGCGCAUGAACUAUUCAGCAAAAGGCCCUAUUUUGAAUGCGUCAAUCACACUUGCUCGAUCACACCACCAGAUGUUGUUGCUGCUCGGUUAGAGGCUCAGAAUGUUAUUACUGGAGAUCGAGGACUAGUCUUAGAUGGCACUGAGACUCAUAAGACCGAUUCUCUGAUCAAAGGGGCCGAUGCUGCGACAACGAAGGAGGGCUUGCUGAUUGAUGUUGAUUCGCCUACUGAAGAAACGGCAAAGGAGACUCUAUGUGUCAAAUGCUCACAUCGACGAGGCUCAACUGCUAGUACAGAUUCAUGGGCAUCGACAGCUGUGGAUACAAUAGAUGGUGAUAAUGAGAAGAAUGAAAAGAGCUUGCCUGAGCUCCCAAAGGAUAUGGAGAAGGAGAUUGAUGCUGAAUCUCCAGUCCAGCCUGCUCACGCACAGCCGUUGUCACGGCAGAUUGUUGAGACUGCUGUCCAGCCGCCUGUUCAAGGGCCAGUUUCUAUUCCUCCAGCCUAUGUUGCGGUUGAGCCUCCUGCUCCCGCACCAGUCCCAGAGCCACUACCUCCAGCACCAGCACCUUAUGCACCACCAGAGCCAUUCAUAAGAGAAGCUGAGCCGGCUCCACCGCCACCAGCACCUCCGGCAGCUUAUUAUCCGGAGCCUCCUGUGCCUCCUCCGGCGCCUGCGCCUUACGUGCCACCGGAACCAUUGAUCAGAGAGAUUGAGCAACCUCCAGCUCCAUACAUUCCCCCAGAGCCUCCGGCUCCUGAGCCUCAGCCAUACGUACCCCCUCCUCCACCUAACUAUCAACCAGAGCCAUUUUCUGAACCUCCUCCCGCUCCAACCCCACAGCCUCAAAUCAUCAACAACUAUUACCAUUAUGGAGUGCCACCACCCCCCGAGCCUCCUAUUGCUCCUCCUGCGGAAGAUCGAUCUAUUACUUCAGGCUAUCCGGCUAAUUCUUCAAGCAAUCCAUUCUUACCACCACAAAAUCAGCACCAACCUCAGUACCAGCAGGUACAGAAACAGCCAGACCAAGAAAUUUCAGAAUGGCCCUGGACCCCUCCUGUUCCUCAGCCCUAUUCAAAAGAGCCUGCUCAGGAAGCAGACGUUGUGAAAGUGCCAGAAGAAUUCCGAGAAAUCCCCAAUGAACACUCACGAGAGCCUCCUCAAGAAGCGGAUAUCGUAAAGGUCCCUGCGGAGUUCCAGGAUAGACCACAUGAAUCCGGCCCAGAAAUGGAACGCUCUGCUCCUCAUCUCGGUCUAUCUGAGAAUCAUGGAGCACCUCAGACCUCUGAGCCUAUCUCACCUGGUUUUCAGCGUGCUGCAGGUGGUCCACGAUCGAUCCAGCUAUCUGAAGUGAAUGCACCAGCACCCGUGUAUGGCCAGCACACAAGAGAUAUGCCUCUUCCCAUGCGAUAUGAUCUACACCCAGCUCCAGGUGCCGCGGUGAUGAACCCCACCGGGGAAGCCGGUCCCGGUGAAGCUCAACGCCGUAGGUUAGAGCGCGAGGAUGCAGUUGGAAAAAAGAUUGGCGGUCUUUGGCGUGGACGAGGAUGUUUCAGCAAAGCUGGCUGCUUUGGGCGCCCAGGGCGUGAAGGUCGUCUUCGUCGAAGAUGGUACCUUGCUAUCUUCAUAUUUUUCCUCAUCAUUAUCAUUAUUGCAAUCUCUUUGGCUACAACCCUGACGAGGAAACGCGGUGACUUGACCUCUGUGCAGUCACAGUGGGUUAAUCUGACAAACUAUCCACCUGUUCAAACAGGAAUCAUGACAAUCACCGGCACAGAAACCCAGGAUGCGAAUUCGGCGUGCGUGACUAUUGAGAAACUGUGGAGCUGUGCUCUUCCCAAGGGCUCACAGCAAACCGAGAACAAACCAUACGAUGCAGAUGAGCCCACUUUCCGCAUUGAGAUUCAAUAUCGCAAUUCGAGUUCCAGCGACAGCAACAGCACCGACACAAGUAGUUCCAACUCGACAACGACUAAGCGUGGUACCUGGACAGCAGAUCCAUCUCCACCAAGUAUGGCAGACCAGAUCUUCAUUGGAAAUACAACAGACGGAAACUCCAAGCCAUAUGCAGGCGAAGAAACACCCUUCUACAUUUCCGUGUUAUCACCAGCCCACCUCUCUUCCACGAAUGUGUUCCGCCGCAGCACCUCAUCUAACAGCUCAUCAUCAAUCAACAGUUCCUCUGUAAUUCCCGCUCCAACCGAGAACUCAGAUGGAACUGCAGCCGCAGCAACAUUGUACCCGCUUCCUUCGACGCAACCUCUCCGUCUCUACAAUAGAGGCGAGUCAUCCGAGCACUAUGGUUUCUACACGUACUUCGACAAGUCUAUUUUCACUCAAUCCAGAGCCCCUCUAAACGGUAGCUCAGUAGACUACGACCCCGAAGAUGAUGAUGGAGGCUCAACCGAAGCAGACGCAAAGGCGCGUUGUACAUUUUCGCAAACUCGAUUCCUCGUUCAGAUUUGGACAAAUCCUUCGGGAAUGGGAUACUCCCUUUCUCUCAUCUGGUUCUACGUCAACUGCUACUUCUACAGCAUCUACUACCACCAAAACUUCAUCUACGUCUACAUCUUCAACAGCGACUUCGUCUUCAUCGGCAACGGACUAUACACGUCCUGGGUCCUUUGCAUACCCUGUUACCAUUACGGUAGAUCGACAUGGUGGCGAUGCAGAUAA